AUGGCUACCCACGUUGUUACGGCGACUACCACCCCUGCUUUCACUGUCUACGGCCACCCUUCUCCUGUCAACUCGGCUGAGACUUCCCCCGCGAAUAACUCGCCCACUUCUCCUCGCUACCAGCACUUCCCGCUUCAGUCGAAGCAGCUCCGUCCGCUCAAGGGUCCUCUCUAUGUCCCGGCCGCUUUGCGCCCCAUGGAGCGUCCCCAGAAGGCCUCCUCCCCACCGACUCCUCCCCGCAGUGUGCACGGUUCUCUCGACAGCCUGAACGAAGGUGAAGUUGGCGUUCCGGUCAGCCGUCGUUCAACCAUGGAGAGCUAUAACAGCGCCCCUGCCGUUAGCAAGCUGGCCGAGGAUGAGUGGAUGAAGAAUGAGCACCUUGGUGAAGUGACUGGACUUCCCACUCGUGACCACUGGAAAGCGGACUCUGCUUCUCCCAACUGCGACUCUCCUACCUGCCGCUCCUCCUUCGGCCUCUUCCUGCGUCGUCACCACUGUCGCCAUUGCGGCCAUGUGUUCUGCUCCUCCCACACUCCUCACGUCGUUCCGCUCGACCAGAAUGCGCGCUUCCACCCCGACGGCGUCUCAUCCCGUGCUUGCGACCUCUGCUGGAGCGCCUACCAGCGUUGGGAGGAGUCUCGCACCGAACGCCUGAGCAAGAUCCAGAGCCUCAUUGAUGCGCAGAACCAUGCCGCGGAGAGCGACAGUGAGAGUGAUGAUAACACCAUCUCGGAGCACUCGGAUUCCUCGCCGGACGAGGGUUCCAAGCCCGCCCUUGCUGGAGUGCUAGGCCACAACACCGAGAUUGCCGCCAGUGUUCCUCGGGGCUGGAACUGGAGCACCUUCUAA